AUGUUAACAUACAUUCUUUUAGUAUUGGUACAGAUGAUGACCAUAAAGUGCGAUGACAAGUCCAGUGAUUUGUACCAACAAAAUACCACGAAGCUAUUAGCUGACUUCAAGAACACGGCAAUAAAAUACCCUUCCGAGUCCAUCAAUAUAUUAAGUAACAGCACGUAUGAAAAGUACAAGUCUGGCAAUGUGGCAAAUAAAUAUGAUUUGAUUUGGUUGGAAUUUAACGGCGUAUACUUUAACUUCAAAGACGGGUUUGUUCUAAAGAGCUUUGAAAGGAAUUUAGAAGUGCAAUUGACAGAUGAAUGUCUUGAGGUCAUGGGAUGGAAAGAUGCACAAGAUAUACCGGUUAUAACCUUAGAGGAAGCUAUAGGAAAAUGGGAAGUAAUAGGCCAGGGGUCUACUUAUAUCGAGGGUGAAGAAUUGGUUUCAAAGUAUUUGGAGGUGAGACGUAACCGUAUUGCUAGAGUGACUGAGGCUAAUAGUACUGGUUUGGGAAAACGCUUUGGCAUCACAUGUGAAUAUGAAAAUCUGCAAACAUGCGCAAACGCCAACAACUGUGAUUAUUUGGAUGAUUCUAAUACAAUUAGAUACUUUGACUGCCAUUGUUCAAACUAUGUAUGCAAGACAGUAAGUCAAGGAAUGGUCCCUAACGGGGUGUGGCGCGGGCACGGCGGUAGCUUCUGA